AUGAAUACCAGCGCUGAGAGCUGUACGGCAGAGAUGCCGUACGGAUACCAACCCCGUUUUAAAGGGCUUUACAUCGCCACCGAGCUCGUCAUCGCCGUGUUGGCCAUCAUAGGCAACAUCUUGGUUUGUCUGGCUGUCAGCCGCAACAAGAAACUUCGCACUGUCACCAACUACUUCCUGGUAUCACUGGCCGUGGCGGACAUCCUGGUGGGAUUGGUGGCCAUUCCCUGUGCAGUGCUGACAGACCUGGGCCAACCUCGCCAUAACCUACCCCUCUGCCUGGUGAUGCUCAGCAUCCUGAUUGUGCUCACACAGAGCUCCAUCCUGAGUCUGUUAGCAGUGACAGCGGAGCGGUACAUGGCCAUCCUUCUGCCCUUCAAGUACCAGCGUGUCAUGAGCCCCAGGAACGCCCGGCUGGCCCUGCUGGUCACCUGGGCUCUGGCAGCCAUCUCAGGCUCCGUGCCCCUCAUGGACCGGCAGAAACAACCACCGAACUCUGACUACUGUAUCUUCACCUGUGUGGUGGACAUGACCUACAUGGUCUACAUCAACUUCUUCUGCUUUUUCCUGGUGCCGCUGGUGGCCAUGUUCAUCAUCUAUGGCCACAUCUUCCUCACCAUCCGCCACCAAAUCAGACGCAUCGCUAUGACCACGAGAACUGCAGAGGAAACCACCACUACUGGCAGUGGGAGCACUGGGACAGAGGACACUGGGAGUUCAGCUGCUGGGGGAGCCACAGAAGGGGCAGCUGACAUGGGGACAGGAACAGACACCAGGCAUUUGAGAAAAUGUAAGGCUGAAGUGAGGGUAGGGAAGGAAGUAGAGUCUGGCAUUGGGUCUGUUAUUGAAACUGAGACGACCACUGUCUUUACAAAGUCAAAGUGCAGGAUAGCCUCAGGUGGAUCUACCAGCUUCAGCUGUGCCCCUGCUGACCCCCAUUCAGGAGAGACCAACACCAAGGCCAAAUCCAACAUUCGCACUUUUCAGGAAGUCCGAAAGGCCACAUCCCUCUUCAUGAUCCUGUUUCUCUUCAUGGUGUGCUGGAUGCCCAUCAACGUCAUUAACUGUGUCCUGCUGUUCUGCCCACAGUGUGACGUGCCCAUGUCGCUCACACUAGCAGCCAUUUUGCUUUCCCAUGUCAACUCGGUCCUCAACCCAAUCCUGUAUGCAUACAGGAUGAGGUCUUUCCGACGCACUCUGGUAGGAAUGUGGAGAGGAUUGUGGAGCACCAGGCCAAAACACCAGUAG